AUGGCCGGCAGCAGUGCGGCGCCGGGCCCAGCACUGUCCCCAUCCUCCUCGGCCGCCGCAGCUGCCGGCCCGCCCAGCUCGGCGCCGUCCGGCCUCGCCCGCUUCUUCUCCACGCGCAGGAGCCGCGCUGCCGCCGCCGCCGUCGCCGCUGGCCCUUCGGCUGGACCAUCAGCGCAUGGUCGCUCCGCAUCGGUGCAUGCAGAGCCCUCCUCUUCGCACUACGAUGCCAUCCCGGUGCAGCACAUCACGCGCGCUACCGACUACGCCGCAGCCGCGUCCACUGCACCUUUGCCUCGGCCGUCGCACAAGGGCUCGCGCUCCGUACCGCUCAUCGAGCUGCCGCUGCGCUCGCCGCCAGGGCUAUCGUCCGCUGCAUCGGCUGCUGCCUCUCCCGCGUCACUCGGCGCCACGUCACCUGCACAUGCCUCGUCGCCACGACACCCACAUCAUGCUCGCAGCCGGACAAACAGUCUCGCCGGGCGGCUGGGUGCGCUCUUCGUGGGCAGCGACGAGCCCGCGCCCGUCGCUGCGCACGAGCCCGCCACGGCGACGCCCAGGUCCGACUCGCACGCCACGGCGACGCCCUGGUCCGACUCGCAUGCUUCAGAUGCGCCAGCCUCACACGCCUCGGUGCGCUCGCAGAGCAGCACCGGCGUGGCAGCGCUCUCGCAGCGUGUCCGACGCAUGUCGUUGGGUCGCCGAGCACAUACCUCGUCCGGCUCAGCGCCGCCCUUCAGCGGCUCUUCACAAGUGCCGCAGCCGACGCCAGCUACGGCGCCGCUACGGCAGUCCGCACGCAUGGGCGGUCCCGCUCGCAAGCUCAGCCUGCGCCUGCGCAACGGAAGAGGCCCCAGUCCACCACGGACGCCCGAGAUCGAGGCGUGGAAGCCGCAUCGGCGCGUAGACAAUGAGCAGGGCCAGGAGAUUGCCGUGCUUGCUCGCUCGCCCGAGAGCGAGCUGCGCGUGCAAGCGGCGCCUGCCAUGCCGGCGUGGCGAAGACCGCCACCGCCGCGCUUCCUGGACACGCCGGACCUCGCGGGCCCGAUGGACCCAAAGGCACUGCUGCACGAGGCCGGCAUCCUUAGCGAUCAGAGCUCGACGCGGACCAGUCUCGAGUCAAAGUCGAGGGCGCAGAGCCGGCGCUCGACCGCAGCGCGUACUGCGGAGCACCACGGCGCCGCCACUGGCGAGCCAAACGCUGGCGUCCCAUCACGAACGGAGCUGCUCGACGCCACCGGACUUGCCGAUGGCCUCGGACUGGGCAUUGAGCACGGCCUGGACGUGCAGCAGCCGCACGCCGCUCGUGUCGUCGAGUCCGGUGCUGCGCUCGGCUCGCCACGGCUGGCACCCGUCGACCUCGCGCUGCAGUUGCCCGAUGCAAACACCUCCUACCUCUCCGUGCCACUCGACAGUCCUCUCGAUCUCACGCGCCGUCCAUACAGUCUCAUCUCGACCGACGACGGCGUCGACACGCCCAUCAUCGGCUUGCGUCGCCUCGUUGUCUCCACGACCGAGGGCGCGGCCGACGAGGAGCUCUUCUUUCGCCCGCCGACUGCGCGCUCUGCGUCGCCGUGUCUGGAGAAGAAGAGCAGCACGGACGUGCUUGAGCCGCCGCUGCCUUUCGAUGCGGAGCAGUUCCGCGAGCAGUGGGAGAAGCGCAGCUCGCAGAUCGACCGCAGUUCGUCGCCACCAAUGUCGCCACGCGACAGCGUCGUCGCUCCCUCACUGCACAGCAAGCGCGCCAGCACGGCAGCUUCCAAGCGCUUCAGUGCACACGGCAGCGAAGCAGGCGCAACGGACGUGAGCGCACUCGGCGCCGAAGUGUCGCACGCUCGUCGAAUGGCGGCCGUGCCGAUGGGGACUGCGCGUGUGGCCGAGUGGACACGACGGACUCGGAGGAACUCCAAUCCGACGCUGGGCGAUGGCUCGCAGGCAACAGCGCAGCUGUCACGCUCGCUCAGCCUCUCGAAGGCAUGCCCGCCGCUCCCGGCGCAGCUGACGCAAGAGGCGCUCGCCGAAGCAGCACGACUCGGCAAGGCGCCAUCCAAGCGCAUCCGCCGAUCCAAGAGCUCGCCGAUGGACAGCAAUCUCAACGUCCUCUGGGGCAGCGCAGCGGCAGUGCCGCCACUGCUUCCGCUCGCCGGCAUUCCCUCGCAGGCUCAUGCGCCCAAGUCGCCGAAACGUCGCCUUGCUCGCCUGCCGGCUGCCACGCCGAGCCCGGCGCGGACCCUGCGCCCGAGCAGGAGCGGCAACUUGCAGGCAGCCGCGGCAGCAGACGACGCAGAUGCUGCCGCGCCCGACGUCGACGCCAGCCACACCGCUGCGCUUUCCUCUGUUAGGACCAGUCCUCACGCGCGCACUCGUCCCUCAUACGCCACGAGCGAAGAAGCGGCGCUGGCACGCCGGCGCGAACAGGCGGAGCGCGAGAAGCGGCGUGCGGAGCGCGAGCGGCAGCGCGAGGAGAAGCGCCUUGCGGCGUACGCCAGCAAGAAGCUCAACGAUCCGCUGCUCGCCACGCGACUGGCGCUGGUGGGCCUCGCGGAGGGAGACGGUGAGGUGCGCUCGCCGACGAGGAAGCAGUCGGGCGAAGAGCCUCGAGCGGACACGAAGGCGCCGAGCAAGGACUGGGCACUGCGAGAGGAGCCAUUCCGAGGCGUCUCGAUCUCGUCGGGCCCGUACACGAGCCGGGCGGUGCAGCUUGCUCUUGCUCCUCCGGCACGCAGAGUCUCGGACGUCGCUGCCGCCGCUGCGGCUCCGCGGACCCUCUCGCCCGCCCCGUCGUCAGUGCCGCCGCUCGACUCGCGCAGCAGCUUCUACACUGCCGCCUCUGGUGUCUCGGACGAGGAGGACGAGGCGUCCACCGUCCUCGGACUUGAUCCUCUUCGUUCCACCUCUGCCGCUGCCCCUCCCUCUGCCGUCGACGACCGCACCUCGCUCGCCACGACGCCCGAAGGACUCGCGGCGCUCGAGUGGCCCGUGCCGCCGUCGCGCUCGCAGCAUGCACAGACGUCCGACGACGGCACGCUGCUUGCUCGCCCCGGGCUGCGCAUCUCUGGCGGCACGGAGCUCAACGCCUGGCCCGGCGCUGCGUCGCCGCCGUCUGUGGCGAGCAGAGCAAGCCCGCAGAUGCUCUCUCUCGCGGGCAUCACUCGACCGAUCUCUGGCAGACUGGUCGCCAGUCCCGAACGUGGUGCGCCGCGGCUUGUGGCAGCUCCUCAUCAUCUGCUUGCGUCGCCAGCGCUGCGCUCGGAGCGCGCCAGCGUCGCGAGCAUGACGAGCGCGCCCGGCACGCCAGUGCUGCGCGACGGCUGA